UGAGUUCAUCUUUGCUAAAAACAUUUCUGAUGUGAAUUUAAAGCUGUAUUCUUUUUCUUUUUUUUUUUGGCUUUGGUUGAGUAUCAAAGUUUUUAAUUUUUUCAAAUGGUAAUUGUGGAAGUUUACCAUCAAACUAAGUCAAGCAUUGUCAAUAUGACAAGCUCAGCCGUGUCAUCGACCAUGGCUAACACAAAUGCCUCAGUAACUGGCGGUACAUCCAGCGCUGGAGGGACAGGCGCGACUGGUGCUGAAUCUGAAACGGCCGCGAAACCAGCAUACCCACGUUUAUUUAACAAAAUUGUUUUGACUUUGGAGAAUAGCCUUAUACAUGAAGCAAAGCUCAAUGCUACACCGUCGCAUGUGGAUGGCUUGGAUCCAGAAACGGAAAAAGAUCUACGCAUACUUGGAUGCGAGCUAAUACAAACUGCAGGCAUUUUGCUGAAACUACCACAGGUAGCUAUGGCUACUGGGCAAGUAAUUUUCCAACGCUUCUUCUACUCGAAAAGCUUUGUGCGUUACAAUAUGGAGACAGUGGCAAUGAGUUGCGUCUGCUUGGCAUCUAAAAUUGAGGAAGCACCCCGACGCAUACGAGACGUAAUUAACGUGUUUCAUCACAUUAAACAAGUUCGCGCACAAAAAGAUAUUGCACCAAUGAUUUUAGAUCAGACUUACACGAAUAUGAAAACACAAGUUAUAAAAGCUGAACGGCGUGUACUUAAAGAGCUAGGCUUUUGUGUCCAUGUAAAACAUCCCCAUAAGCUGAUUGUGAUGUAUUUACAAGUAAUGAAAUACGAAAAACAUGAGAAACUUAUGCAGAUGUCAUGGAAUUUCAUGAACGACUCACUACGUACUGAUGUUUUCAUGCGUUAUCAACCGGAAACCAUAGCUUGUGCUUGCAUUUAUUUGAGUGCACGUAAGCUAGGAAUCCCUCUACCAAAUAAUCCACCAUGGUUUGGGGUGUUUUGCGUUAGUGAAGAUCACAUAGUUGAUAUCUGUUAUCGUAUCACGGAAUUAUACAUGCGUGCUAAGCCCAAUGUCGAAAAAUUAGACGCUGCUGUGGAGGAAUUAAAGAAACGAUAUAUGGAGUCUCGUAAUAAAAGUAAGGAGCAAAAUACGCCACCUGCAGUUACCACAGUAGAUCGCAACAACGGUUCCCAUAACGCUUGGGGAGGUUUUAUACAACGUGCUGUUCCUUUGCCAUUACCAACGGAAAAUAAGUCACCCGACAAGGAUUCACGUUCACGUUCGCGUUCACGAUCUCGUUCUCGCUCACGUGGUUCACGCUCACCUAAAUUUACUUCCCGUUCGCGUAGCCGCUCACGUUCUGCUUCAAUUGGCGUAAGCGAUUACAAAAGUCGGAGCAAGAAAUCUCACCGCUCUCGCAGUCGUUCACGGACAUCGCCUGUAAACAAAAGCAAGAAAAAGUCCAGACAUUAUUCACGCUCUCCAUCAAGCUCCCCGCAUGCAAAACAUCGGAAAAGGAAAUCACCACGGGAACAUGAUCGGAAUGACUACUACUCCAGUAAAGAACGUAUGAGCAGUAGUGAUAAAUAUCGAGAAAGGGAUAAAUAUCAGGAAUACAAAGAGUCAAGUAAACAUCAUCAUAGCUACUCCAGCAAACAUCAUCAUGGUUAUUCUAAUCGUGGUUCAACACAUCGUGGAGGUCACAAGCAUCGUUCUAGUGACCAGGAACGCUCCCGCGAUCGUAAGAGGUAAACGAGUAAGCCUCAUUUAUAAUAUAUAUAUAUAUAUAUAUAUGAUACGAAGCUAUUACUUUCGAACCAACUCUAUAUAAUUAAUCUCUUAUCAUUUUCAUUUUGUGCGUUUAUCUGUAAAGAAUAAAUAAUUAAACAAUAAAUAAAU